GGGAUGGGGACUGUACCACCUGCAGCUAUGGCCAGCACAGUAAGCCCCAGUACAACAGCUGGAACCCCUGAGCUGCCUGCACUGUCAGAGCGCAUUCAAAAUGCUGCUGACAUCUCUGUCAUUGUCAUCUACUUUUUGGCGGUGAUUGCUGUUGGUCUAUGGGCAAUGCUGAGGACCAACCGAAGCAGUGUUGGAGGCUUCUUCCUGGCUGGUCGAGAUAUGGUCUGGUGGACAAUGGGUGCCUCGAUCUUCGCCAGUAAUAUUGGCAGUAGCCACUUUGUGGGCAUAGCUGGGACAGCAGCCGCCUCUGGGAUUGCCAUUGGAGCAGUUGAAUGGAAUGCUUUGGUCCUGGUGGUGGUCCUAGGAUGGGUGUUUGUCCCUAUCUACAUCAAGGCAGGGGUGGUGACCAUGCCAGAAUAUCUCAAGAAGAGAUUUGGUGGGAAACGAUUACAGAUCUCCCUCUCCAUCCUUACCCUCCUCAUUAAUGUGGCCAUUGGAAUUUCUGCAAACAUAUUUUCUGGUGCCAUAUUCAUCCAGCUCUUGGGCCUCAACCUUUACCUGGCAAUCUUCAUCCUCUUGAUAGUCACUGCUAUUUACACCAUCACUGGGGGCUUGGCCUCAGUAAUCUACACAGAUACUCUCCAGACCCUCAUCAUGGUGGUUGGUUCUUGUAUUCUCAUGGGAUUUGCAUUUGCUGAAGUUGGAGGCUAUGAAAGCUUCACAGAGAAAUACAUGACUGCCAUCCCUUCUAUAGUUGAAGGUGACAACCUGACCAUCAACCCCGAGUGCUACACACCUCUGCCAGAUUCCUUCCACAUUUUUAGAGAUCCUAUCACUGGGGACAUUCCAUGGCCAGGAUUAAUAUUUGGAAUGUCCAUUUUAGCUAUUUGGUACUGGUGUGUAGAUCAGGUUGUUGUACAACGUUGUCUGUCUGGCAAGAACAUGUCUCACAUGAAGGCAGCCUGUGUCAUGUGUGGCUACCUGAAGCUGUUGCCUAUGUUUGUCAUUGUGAUGCCAGGAAUGAUCAGCCGAAUUCUGUAUACAGAUAUGGUGGCCUGUGUUGUACCUUCUGAAUGUAAGAAACACUGUGGCACUGAAAAUGGCUGCACUAAUUAUGCCUACGCUACAAUGGUGCUAGACCUGAUGCCUGCUGGACUUCGAGGCCUAAUGCUGUCAGUCAUGUUGGCCUCCCUCAUGAGCUCCCUGACCUCCAUAUUCAACAGUGCCAGCACACUCUUCACCAUUGAUAUCUACACAAAGAUACGGAAGCAGGCAUCAGAGAAAGAGCUCUUGAUAACUGGACGGUUAUUUGUCUUGCUGCUACUUGUCAUCAGCAUUAUGUGGGUCCCAUUAAUACAAACAGUUCAAAAUGGACAAUUGUUCCAUUAUAUGUCAUCAGUUUCUAGCUAUCUUGGACCCCCAGUUGCAGCUAUCUUCGUACUUGCUGUCUUCUAUAAAAGAGUCAAUGAACAAGGAGCAUUCUGGGGUAUGAUCCUUGGACUUGUGAUUGGCCUUAUUCGGAUGAUUUUAGAGUUUUCCUAUGGAACAGGAAGUUGUGUAGUUCCCAGUAACUGUCCUGAGAUUAUCUGUGGAGUGCACUACAUGUAUUUUGGCAUCAUUUUGUUUUUUGUGUCCACACUGGCCACCAUAGUAAUCUCACUUCUGACGAAACCAAUUCCUGAUAUCCACCUGCACCGUCUGUGCUGGGCUCUUUGGAACAGUACAGAAGAGAGAAUUGAUUUGGAUGCUGAAGAUGAAAGGCAGAAAGAAGUAGACACUGUUGAGGAAGAUUCUCCUGUGCAAUCUCGUGGAUGUCUCGGGAAGGCUUAUGACAUAUUCUGUGGUUUUCAAAAGACGGGACCCAAACUGACCAAGGAGGAGGAAGAAGCCUUGAAGAAGAAACUCACAGACACAUCAGAGAAGCCCCUUUGGAGAAAUGUAGUGAACAUCAGUGCCAUCGUCCUCUUAAGUGUGGCAGUCUUUGUCCAUGCCUAUUUUGCCUGAACUCUUAUCUGAGUGAUGGAAAUAUUGUUUAA